AUGACCAGAGGUUCACUGUGUCAUGUUGCUACACUUGGGCCUUGUACCAAAAAGGCUAAUCUCUGCAUUUCUACUCUUGGGCGAAAGAUGCCUUCAAACAGUACAAUAUCAUCAUCAUUAUUGGCAUCGCCUAAAGAAGCAGCACGUGUUUCUGAGUCAUAUCCAUUGAUGAUUAUACCGCCUCAUGAUAAGAAGGAUAAAGAUGGCAGGAGUUUGUGCCGUUUCUAUGACUACAUAAACAAAAAGGUUGUAAAUACCAAUACUAAGAUUCCUGAAGAGGUUGAUCAUGCAUUAUGUAUUGGGUCAUCUCACGGUUGGCUAGCUUAUGUCUCCCGUCUUGAUUGCUCUAUUUUUCUUUGGAGUCCCUUCACAACCUCUCCACUCAUCUUGCUUCCUCCCAUUCAUACACUGCCUUUCAUAAAGGUUAUACCUCAUGAAGAGAUAGAAGAUGAUGAAGUAAGUGAUUAUAUAUCUGAUGAUGAUAAUUUUUUUCCCGAUUAUGGGUUCAAAGUAGAAGCCGAAUAUCCAGAUCCAAGCAAAAUAUACUAUACCAGGACACCAAAAGGUUUGAGUCCACAGAUUAUAGACUAUAUUGUUUUGUCAUCUAUUCCAACAAGUGAUGAUUGCAUCGUUGUGGCUAUGUCUGAUAUUAUUAUGUAUCAAGGUAUUUUUUUUUGUAAACCUGGGGAUAAGUCAUGGACCUUUGUAGAGCAGCCAGUUAAGCUAACUCACCGCAUUAGGAAUCUCAUACACUUCAAGGAUCGAUUGUUCUAUACAAUGAAUCAUACUGCCAAUUUUUUAUUCGCUUAUGAUCUUGCUGAUCUUUCUUCUCCUAAGAGCUACCGUCUCAAAUUCGGAAAUGGUGAAUACAUUCAGGAUUUAUGUACCGAUUCUUUACCACAUGAAGAAUACAACAAAAACUUUUAUCUGGUGGAAUCAUUAGGUGAUCUUCUAUUGGUUUGUAGGCUUAUUCGUUCCGAUAUUGAUAAUAAUGAAGACAAGUUUGCACUUUCUGAUGAUGAUGAAUUUCCUAUCGAGAAAUUUGAAGUUUAUAGGCUGGAUUUCUCUCGGAAUACAUGGGAGCAUACUAAAUGCAUUGGUGACCAAGUUUUGUUUUUAGAUUCCAACCAAACUCUCUCUCUUUCAGCUUUGGACUUUCCUAAUUUUAAAGCAAACUGCAUAUACUUCACUGGUUAUUUUUUUAAGUGCCAUGAUUAUGGGCAUUAUGAGAUAGGAGGAAAUCUAUUUGGACAAUUCCACCAAUUUGGUAGGACCUGGCCACAUUGGGUUAUGCGCCAUUUUCAUUAA